AACAAAGUAAUUUACGACGAAACCACGCGUACUUGUCAAAUCCGUCGCUUUUCGCUACGUCUGUUUCCACGACUGUUUCCACGACAUCCAGUGAUUCCGAGGUCAGUAAUGAAUCAUGUGACUCCUCUAGGAGUCUCGAUUGGGCGCAGAGUGACAGUUCUAAUAGCGAAACCAGUUAUCGAUGGUGUUAUCAUCCCAUAUGAAGAUGAGCCGCUUGCGGAUUGCGGCGAAGAAGUAAGCCCGAACGCAAGUGAAGAAGAAACGGGUAUUGAUGGACUUACCCCGUCGACUUAGGAGUCUAGAUUUGAAGGAAAUGUGAGUGUGGAUUCAUGGUAAGUUGAAAGAUUUACCGUAAUUCCUUUUGAACAUAAGCAGGACUGAUACGCGCACCGGCGUUGCUAAGUUUGUCCGAUAAUUUUUCCUUUACCUCUUCCAGGUGUGAAUGCGAGCAGUGUGAUACUGAAAUGUUAGUCGGUGCCCUCGAGUUUCGAUGUUGCAGAGAAGUCACUAAUUCAUCCGCGAAAUUGAUGUUUGAUGGUUCGAUCGAACGAAUCAAUUGCAUCACCAAACAUGAAGACUUUAACGCCAUUACGAACCGCGCCGUUCUUCUGCAAGUCGCUCCUCUCCUUAGACGCCAAGAUGGAGGAACUUAUCGUCGCCGCAGGGGAGGGUCAGAAAACGAGUAAGGUUUUUUCCUUUAAAAUCGGUAGUUCUAUGUCAUUCUUGUGUUAAUCGCUUGACCUAAUAAUUGGGAUACUUGUGGUUUCAUAUUAAUUUUUGAAUUCUCCAGUCAUAAGAAACGAGUCUCCUGUCAUUCAGUUAGGAAUGAAGGUCCAGUAAUUACUUGAACUGUAGAUGUCUUCAUUUCUCACUUUUAUGUUUACAUAUAGGUUCAUCAGAGCCGCUGCAUAUAGAUGGACAACAAGGUGGCUUUGUGGGUACAUAGGCUGGGAAAACAGACAACCUCUCCCAGCUUGUGUUUAUCACAGCAUAAGGAAAAAAUACAACACACGACAACACAGGGGAUAUGCUAAUGUCCAGGAUGGAAAGGAGCAUUGA